CAUACUGUACUGCUCUAACACGGAUCAUGGCGUCCGUAAAAUGCCGCUCAAAACAGCAAAAACUUUGCCAAUAGAUUUCCAUGCUGCCAGAAACAUCACGCGGUUACGACUUCGACGCGUUCACCGGACGUCUAGUUCAUAAUAGUAUGUAGAGACUCGAAAGCUUCGUGACGCGCCAAAAUCGAAGACAGCCGCGCCAUUGUUGACUACCAGUUUCUGGGUGAACGAUUAGUCCAAGACACGCGAUGCGUUGGACCCAGCUGUCGCGGCUUCCCUAGGUUGUCCCUCCGCCAGAUCCGGAGCUUAUAAAGAGCCGCAUUUAUGUUAAUCAAGGGCUGCUUGAUUUAGCAUCUACUCUUUUCCUCCUCGCAAUUGACGAGUGGUUAGCACCUUUGCUUCCCCGUACCAUCACGACUUGUGAUGUGCGAGCAACCAGUGUCUUGACGUCUCGAACCUGCCUUAGAGCCCUGCGAACCUGCGAACCUGCGAACCUGCGAACCUGCGACCAGACCGAUCCCUGCUAUCCUAAACUUGGAGUUUCAAGCUGCGAUCACUCUCACCCCGCGAUUAUCAACUUGAGAACAGAUGGAUCCACACCACAGAGCCGCUGCUUCCCGGACGCGGCUUUAGCGAUACCCGGCUGCCCUUGAGUUGCGAUUCUCGUCCUGCGAUUCUCGUGACCUUACGAUUACCCUGCGAUCGCCCUGCGAUCACCCUGCGAUUCUCAACUUAAGCGCUGAUGGAUCCACACCACAGAUCUGCUGCUUCCCCGUCCGAGCGACGGCUGCGCCUGGGAGUGUCAUCCGCGUUAAAGCCUUUCGCGUUACGCCCUUCAGCGUCGCCGCAUUUCCGGCUUACCAGCGGCGCUAAUCACUUGCGUGAUCGGCGUUCGCUCCGCCAAUUGCCCCCCGGUCUCCUUCGCUCCUAUCCCUUCCUCCCUCACCUCAUCCUUCUUCUCCUCCUCUCUCACGCACCCUACUACUCUGCAGCUGCUGCUACAUCUGCUGCUACAGCUGCUGCUGCAGCUGCUGCUACUGCAGCUGCUGCUACUGCUGCUGCUACAGCCGUUUAUCCGUCGCGAGAUGCUGGCCAUGUUACGUUCACGAGUGCGAAUCAUGGCGGGGAAAACGUUAGCGGCGGUGUAGAUACCUCCGCGCGGAGAGUCUUAACGGAGCCGACUGUAGCGAGUCUGACGCCAGCGAACGAGAUCCUGCAAGUGUGCCGAUCCGCAGGGCCCGCCGCCAUCACCAUCAGCCCCGACCUGAACGGACAGACCUGGAGAGGUUGGGGCACGUCCCUUGCUUGGUUUGCCAACUACAUAGGCAAGCUCCCCCCAGAGCAGCUCAACCAAAUUCUCGAUCUUCUCUUCGACCCAUCCUCUGGCAUUGGACUCAAUCUCGCACGCUACCUCAUCGGGGGCAGCUACAACCUCACCAACAGCCCCAGAUUUGACACUGCAGACUGGGAAUCCCGGGCAAUUCCCGGUUAUAGACCCUCUAAAACCGGGCCGUAUGAUUGGACGAGGGACUGGCGGCAGCGGAAGGUUCUGGAGGGGGCUAUAGCGAGAGGAGUGGAUGAGGUGGAUGCGAUUGUGUACUCCCCCCCCUGGUGGAUGACUAUAACGGGGGAUACAUCUGGGGGGAAUGCAGAGGGAGAGACGAAUCUACGGCCGGAUUCGUAUGGAGCAUAUGCGGAUUACAUGGCGGAUGUGGUUGGGCGGUUCCGGAGUCAUUGGAACGUGACUUUUGCGACGAUGAAUCCAGCGAAUGAGGCGCUGGAAGGGUGGUGGGUGAAGGGAGGGAGGCAGGAAGGAUGCAACUUCAAUGCAGCUCAGCUGGAGCGGCUGACUCUGGCGGUGGCAGCGGCUCUUAGACGGCGUAAUUUGGGGACCCAGGUGGCGGGUUUCGACAGUUUCGUCGGAGCUACACUUGGGAAGCAGCACAGGUUUACAGCGAGGCUCAAGUCCAGCUUAAAACGGAUCAAUGUGCAUCAGUACGUGCCGCCCCCAUCCAACACCACGGACCCUCGGGAGUAUAUCGAGAACCUCUACGUGGGGAUGGCGCGAAUGGCAAUAGGACUUGGGAAGGACGUGUGGGUGUCGGAGGUGGGUCCGAUGUGGGUGGGGGGUGGCGACAUCGACGUGGCACUGUUCAUGGCUCGAUCGGCCAUUCAAGCCAUCAACAUCAUGGGAGCCUCGGCUUGGAUCUACUGGCAAGCGAUCAACGGCGCAUCGGCAACCAACCGAAACGCAAUCAAAUGGGGCCUCUUCACGAUCCCCUUCAACCGGCUGAGCAACGAGACCGCUCCUCCUUUGGACAUUGUUUUUUCGAAGAAAUUCUUCGUUCUGAAGCAGCUUGCUCAGGGGUCUCCAAGGGGAAGCCACCCCUUGCAGGUUGAUGCGGGGAACGGGUGUCACCAUUGCGUGGCUGCCUUUUACCAUCCCACCAGGCAAUUCGUGUCCAUCUUCAUUGUCAACCAGCAAGACACCUCAUACGACCUCGACUUCUCCUUUGUUUCUUUCGGGCGUUUUGACCCCGAGAGUCUGUGUCAAAUGGAGAUGUGGCGCACAUCUCCAACUGAGGAUGCCUCGCUGAUUGCAUCUCAGAGUUAUGCAGACAUGCCUGGUUCAUUCUCCGCUACAGCUCUAGGGCUAAGCAUUACGUCCAUAGUGUUUUCAAAUGUUACUUGGAUGUAAGUGAAACGCUUCUCGUUGAAUUAGCACAC